UUAAAGAAUACAACUAAUCCUAGUUUUCCUUUGGUAGGUAGAGAAAUUCAAUUUUCCUAUAAAUUCCAACACUUGAGAAACAGUGCAUGAGUGCUUAAACAACAACAACAAAAAAAAAACCUUUCAUUUUGUGAAAACCAAAUAUUCACAAAAAAACUAACAAUGGAGCUACUAAGAGUACAAACAAUAGCUCAUGAAUCGAAAGACACAACAAUUCCAGCUAUGUUUGUUAGAUCAGAAACAGAGCAACCAGGAACAACAACGGUUAAAGGAGUAAAACUGGAGGUACCCAUAAUUGAUUUUAGCAACCCAAAUGAAGAGAAGGUUCAAAAUGAGAUAAUGGAAGCAAGUCAAAAGUGGGGAAUGUUUCAAAUUGUGAACCAUGAAAUUCCAAAUGAUGUUAUAAAAAAAUUGCAAAGUGAGUUACCACAAGAAGAAAAAGAGAUUUAUGCUAAACCUGUUGGGUCUGAAUCUAUAGAAGGGUAUGGUACAAAUCUUCAGAAAGAGGUUAAUGGAAAGAAAGGGUGGGUGGAUCAUUUGUUUCACAUUAUUUGGCCACUUUCUUCCAUUAAUUAUCGCGUUUGGCCUAAAAAUCCUCCUUCUUACAGGGAGGUGAAUGAGGAAUAUGGAAAGUACCUACGUGGAGUGGCAGACACACUAUUCAAAAGCAUGUCAAUUGGGCUUGGGCUUGAAGAACAUGAACUGAAGGAAGCUGCAGGUGGAGAUGACAUGAUUUACAGAUUGAAAAUCAACUACUAUCCACCUUGUCCAUGUCCUGAUCUCGUCCUAGGUGUUCCAGCACACACAGACAUGUCUUACUUGACCAUUCUCGUCCCCAACGAGGUUCAGGGACUUCAAGCUUCUAGAGAUGGUCAAUGGUAUGAUGUUAAGUAUGUCCCUAAUGCUCUUGUCAUUCAUAUUGGCGACCAAAUUGAGAUAUUGAGCAAUGGGAAUUAUAAAGCCGUAUUGCACAGAACAACGGUGAACAAAGAUGAGACAAGAAUGUCGUGGCCAGUAUUCAUUGAGCCCAAAGAAGAUCACGAAGUUGGUCCACACCCAAAGUUGAUUAACCAAGACAAUCCACCAAAGUACAAAACCAAGAAAUAUAAGGAUUAUGCUUAUUGUAAGCUUAAUAAGAUCCCUCAGUAAACGAAGCAGGCUCUACUUCAAAAUAAUUUAGUAGACAUUAAUUAAGUGUCACACAAUCAAAACAUUUGUGCUUGUCUUGUUUAUUUUUAGUUUUUUGUUAAACGUUGUAUUGGUUCUUUUUAAUAUUUAAUUAGUGAUCAUGUGUUGUGUCAAAAAGCAAAUAAAACAAAUGAUGAUGUGCAUUUUGGAAUGAAAAUAAAAUAUGUAGCAAAAUUUGGAUGUUGUUUA